AAGCUAUUAGUUAAUGUUCUAGGAGAAAUCUCAGGGGUAAAAGUGUGUCAUUGUAAGUUUACCGUUGGAUACUUAGAUCUGCAACUCCAGACGGACAUGGCAGGCGAGCCGACUAGGAUCAUGAUCGGACUGAACGAGUCGACGAUUAAGGGCUACCCACAUCCUUCCAUCAGCAGCAAGGGAGCCUUCGAAUGGACUCUCAACAAAAUUGUCCGUUCUAACACCUCUUAUUUCAAGCUUCUCCUUCUCCAUGUCCAAGUUCCUGAUGAAGAUGGUUUUAAUGAUAUGGAUAGCCUCUUCGCGUCACCUCAGGAUUUCAAGAACAUGAGGCACCGGGACAAAAUAAGAGGACUCCAUCUGCUGGAAUACUUUGUGAACCGAUGUCAUGAGCUUGAGGUAUCUUGUGAAGCAUGGAUCAAGAAAGGAGAUCCCACAGAAGUCAUUUGCCAUGAGGUUCAACGUGUGCAGCCAGAUCUUCUUGUAGUUGGUAGCCGUGGUCUUGGGCCCUUUCAAAGGGUGUUUGUAGGAACUGUUAGUGAAUUUUGUGUUAAGCAUGCUCAAUGUCCUGUUGUAACAAUCAAGCGCAGUGCAGCUGAGACCCCUCAGGACCCUGUUGAUGACUAAAAUGUUUGUGGUACUAUUAUCUGCAUAGAGACUGCAUCUGUAUAUAGAUCUAUGACUUUCUUAGAGUUCUGUUUGAUUGCGCAAGAACAAGUAAGAGGCAUAUGUUUCUGUGGCACAUUGGGCAUUAAUUGGAUUUGAAUCUAGUGUGUGUGCCGCUGUGCCCUUCAUUUUUUUAUAUGUAUUGCUUUCCCAGUCAAAAUAAGUUUAGUACUCAAGUUCCAAUUUGUUCUUCCUUGCUGUUGUACUGUUUUUUGUGCAAUGAAGGGACUGCUUCUUUGGACUGAAACUUUCAGGCCUAGAUUAAGUUAAAUCUUAUUCGAACUGAUCUGGAAUGUUUAAACUUGUUCUGGUAUGGUAAGAUCUAGCAUUAUAUGUAUUA